UCAAAUUCCAUAUUUACCUGAAAAUGCCAGUGUACAGAUACCGAUAAUAUAGGAUAAUCAGCAAGCUAUUAUUAUGUCAUGAGUAUAGAAUGCGUAAAAUUUCUUUUUAGAUACGAGGAUAAAAACCAUUAGCAAAUCUAUAGAAAAGUUAUCAGUAAAGAGAUUCCGUGUACAGGUACAACGUAUAUAAAAAGCUGAGCGCAAGCUCCUCGAAACUUAGUUCCAAAUUUCUGUUCAGAAGUACCUCCAGAUCGUUGAAGAAGCAACCUACCUCUUAUAAAUCCAAUUUUAUAAGUAAGAAAAGAUGUAUCGUACGGUGAUCAUUUGUUUGAUUGUUAUUGGAUGUGUGGGAGCAAUCAGCCCAUAUCACGACAGGAUAGUCAGAGAGGCUCAAGAACCGACGCCGGCUGAAUUUAUCUAUCCUACCUAUCCGGAAUAUACGACAGAAGUAAUGAGACCCAACAGGGAAAUCGAGGAAAAAGUUGAAGACAAGAAGGCUCCCGCAACCACGUCAAAGUUCUUCGAUAACUUGCGUUAUUACGGCAGUUAUGCACUACAAGGCAUGGCAGUUAUUCUUAUGUCUUCCUCCGUUGCGUACCUGAUUUGCGGCUACACAACGGUUUGCGACUCUAUAAAAUCAAUGCUGUCAAAAGAAGAAGCUGCCCGUGCAUUCGCAAAUCAGCCCUAUCUUGAAGAUUUAGCCAGCAAGGUCUAUGCAGCAAUGGAGAAAUAUUCUAUGAACAAGGAUGAAUGAAGAUGAUACUGCGAUUAAACUUUGAUACUUUUUAUGUAUUUUAUUAAUCAAAUUUUUUCAUUAGAUUUCUUGCAUCUAGCGUUUGACUUUUUCAUCAUUAUUUUGUAUACUUUUCAUGUAGUAUUUUUUGUGUUUUGCGAAUACAUAUUACAUGUUAGAUCUUCGAUGUCUGUACUUGGAAACGUUUUAAUAUAAGUGAUGAAGCAUU